CAGUCGACGCCGGGACGUUUUGGGCGUCUCUUACGGGAGUGGGGAAUGUACAAAGUAGGCUUAGAUGACUGUUGAUGGUUUUUAGUCAAAUUAAUGGAAUCAAGUGGGUUACAUCGUGUUAAUGUGAAUAUUUGAUCAGGUUAAACACUGAUUGGCUGAGGGUGUUGAAUAGUGUGAUGUAAAAUGUUCGGUGUACCACAAACUGAACCUUGUUACUACUUGGAACACAUUAUGGAAUAUUCGACGAAUACCAUGUACAACCCUUUUUUAUCUCAAGGCUUAUUCAACCCGUAUUUCCCGCAAUUGUGGUUUCCCUUUCCAGUUAAGUUCCAUCAGCCUAGGCCGGAAAAGCCACCGUAUUCUUACAUUGCCCUCAUUGCAAUGGCUAUAAGCUCAUCUCCGAAAAAACGAUUGACCUUGAACGGAAUAUACAAGUACAUAAUGGACAAUUUUCCUUAUUACAGAGAGAAUAAACAAGGGUGGCAGAAUUCCAUAAGGCAUAAUUUGAGUCUGAAUGAUUGUUUUGUUAAAGUACCUAGAGAAAAACAGUUGGGAGACCAUGAUACGCCAGGGGGUAAGGGGAGUUAUUGGAUGCUGGACCCUGGAGCUACGAAUAUGUUCGAGAAAGGAAAUUAUAGGCGGAGGAAAACGAAGAGACAGAGGUUGAAAGAGUGUACCGUUGCUUUAUCAAAGGGAGAUGCGAUCCCGGUGGUGUCAGAAACGGUAGAAACAAAUGAAGGACAACUCAGUGAAUCAUCGAAGACGAGCCGAAAUUCUAGUCUAUUUACUAUUGAGAAUUUAAUUAAAACUAACGACCAGAGCAAUAAAAUUGGUUGAACAAAUAGUUAACUUCAAACACUCUUUGAUGUGAAUCCGUUUUUGUGAUUUAAAUUAUUUGUAUUAGUUUGAAACAUUUCUCAACAAAUAGGUUCGUUUAUCUUGUAAUUUUAUGGAACUCUGAGCUACACCCUGUGGAUAUUUGAAAAUAUACAUGUGUAUUUGAAGUUUUGAGUGAUGUUAUUGAGAAAACGAAAAUAACGGAUUUUCUGGUGAUUAUUUAUUAUAUCUAAGGAAUAUAGAGUUACGUUGGAAAAUUCGGAUAAUUGGAUAAUUCCCAGUAUAUUUUCAUUAUACAGAAAUUCUAUCUUUUGAAUGUACAUAUCUCUAUUUCUUGAAUUUUAUUGUUGAAAAUGGUUUCAAAAUAUUAGAGUAGUGUUAGCCUACUUUUGUCAAUCAAUAAACAUGCUUCUUAUUAUGUACCUUUUAUGAGCAUUAUUUGUAAUUAUGUUCAUUGAUAGCAAAAUCAUUAUGAUUCUUAGCAGAAAGAAAUUGAAUCCAUUUGCACGCUAUUGUGUGGUGGAGUAGAUAGUUCAUUAUUGCAAAAUCAAAGUACAAAACUAUAAUUAAUCAUGAUACCCUGGACUACUUUUCAUCAUCGUAUCUAUAUGAUCAAUUAUUGUUUCAUUGAAUGGACUCUUUAAUCUUUCAGCAGGUUUUCUUGUUUUUUCCGUCUUUUGCAGAUAAAAUAUUGAUUGAACUGCAUCUGACUUGAGCUUUUUAUUAGUUGCCAUAAUGUAAUAUAUUCUCUCACUAUUUAACUUUACAAAACGUUGAAGAAUUGAUCGAUAACAUCACAGAAAUCGAUUAUCUAAAAUAUCAAUGAUAUAUUCUUUUCCUACUACCUGAUAUGUUACAAAAGUUAUGUUGAGUAACUGCAAUCUUGCAUGAAAUACAUAUUCAGUCUUUUUUAAGUACCUAAGUAGAUACUUAAAGUAACUUCAGAUGAACUUACCCCUAUAGAUAUAUAAAAUGAAGAUACUGUGAAGCAAAAAAUUGUUACUCAUCUAAUAAACAGUGAUAAUAUAACAACUUUCCAUGAAUAUUGAAUUAAAUGGAUUUUCAUCAAGCAAAAAUGCUGAGUCCAUGAAAUAUUUGAGAUAAUAAUUGAAGAAUAAUAAAGGCUCAUUGGCCAGCCAUUAACUGUGCUGUGACGUCAUCUGACUGUGCUAAGAUUCCUCCACUUCCUCUCUCUUUCAAUUUUUAUAAAUAUAAGUGUUAGAAAUUUGAAUUUUUUUCUAUCAAUAAUGAUUUCUUUCUUUAAAUGAUUAUGGAAAGAAUUGAAUUCUUUAUGACAUUCAUGAAUAAAUUAUUGAAUCAAUGAAAUGUUGAAAUCACCUACAAGGUAUAAAAUAGGGCUAUUGUAUGUAGUUAUGUCAACUAGUUACCCUUUGAUUGAAUACAGUUGCUACAAUAAACCAAUUGGAUAUAUUAGUGAGAAAUGGAAUAUUCAACAUGCAAAAAUGCAAUCCAUAUCUACUUGUCAUUUGGUUGAUUUCCACA